ACAGAGUGUGUAUUUCAACAAAUUAGUUAAUUCUUUGCCAUUUUCUUAUAAUUUGCGUAAAGCUUUUAAUUAACUUAAACAACUAGUGCUUAUUAAGUAUAUUCUUUUGUAUUUGCCCGAUCGCAACUGGCAUAAAACGUUCAAAACGCAAACUCACUUAUAAAAUAAAUAAUGGGUGGACAUCACGGAGAACCCUAUACGGUGCCGCAUCCAUCAAUUUAUAAGGUGGAGAAUGUACCGCAACUGCUUCAAGUGAAAGAGGCGCUUGCCCGUCAGGGCUUGAAUGAUCCAUGGCUGAGGAACGAGGCCUGGCGCUAUGAAAAGAAGGCAUUCGGCACACACCGUUCCCGCCUGACCACCUUUAUGUUCCGCGGCCUCGGCGUCGGAUUUUGUGCAUUUCUGGCCACCAUCGCGGUGGAGUAUGCACUCGGUGUUGGCAAGGGCCAGGGUGGACAUGGACACGGUCAUGGCAGCGAACAUGGUCACGAGGAUAAGAAGCAUCAUUAAAUUAAGUGUUUUAGUUCAAUAAAAAUGCAAAUGCCAAUGCGCUUCGAUAUUUAAUGAUACGAUACAAA